UUUGCAUGUUAUCUAGGAUUGCGAAAAAUGCAUUAUGUUAUUUGGAAAAAAAAAUUUAUCAAUACAUAUUAGCCUUAAAGUAGCUUUAUAAUUGGGUGAACGACUUCUAGAGGGCAGCGAUUUUAUUUCUUUAAAGUAAUCGAAACUUUUUAUCAUGUCUAUGAUCUGCAUAUUCACGGCCAAAAGGGAUAACCUAUUUGUAUCAAUUUGUAUUUGGAUGUAUGUGUGUGUGGUGUGUGUGCGCGCGCGCGCGUGUGUGGGUGUGUGUGGUUGUAUGACCCCCUGGAAUGUGGUAAUCAAAAGCGAUCAUUGACAACUGUCAAAUACAUGAAUAUUGAAAUGUCAAUCUCUUUGAGAGAGAACAACAAUAUGAUGAUGCAUGUCAAUCAUGAAAAGAUGGACUAUGUGAAGUGAAAGUUUUCUUUCUACGCUCAACGCUUGUGCAGCUCCGUUUUAAUCAUAGGGCGUAUAGGCGUAUAGUAAUCUAAAUCUAUGAAUUUAGGCGUAUUCAACAGAGUUAAUCUCAAGGAUUCCCAAGGAGGAAUGUAUUCAGAAUGGGCUUCACUGAGCACUCUGAUCCAGCAAGGCUCGGAGGAAAGCCAAAGUGUACUAGAAAAAUUUCCUCCUGGCGCAGGCAAAGAAGUCGCUUUGUCCAUAGUACGUCAACUUGCCGCAAAUCUUGGUAUCACACAAAUCGGAGAGCCUAGUCCGCUCUCUACUGAUAAAGAGGUUCAAUGGUGCAUGGAAGUGAUAUGUUUCGGAUUGUCACUACCAUUAGCUGAGCAUGAUACCGUCAGAGAUUGUGUGAACAUAUAUUGCGAAUGGCUGUCCGCUUUAUACUCUACACCAAAGAUUUCUGUCCCCAGACCAAUCAUAGACGAUUCAAACUUUUAUGCCAGAAAAAUCAUAAGCCAUUUUCACAAUUUAUUUGUUCCAAGAAAAGGAGAAGUCUGGCCAUUUUUAUAUCAGGAUUUAGGUGCAGACACGAUCAAUCGACAAGCUGUCCUGUGUCAUCGAGUACUUAGGACAUUGCAACAAAUCGCGAGAGGUCCGGCAACUUUGGAAAGAGAAACGUGGGAAAGUUUAUUAUUAUUUCUCAUUGGUAUUAAUGAUGCGCUUCUGGCACCACCAGCGACUAGAGAAGAUGUCGGAGAACAGCUAUGCGAAAGAGUGCUGGGUGUAUUAUUAGAGGUAUGGUUAGUUUCUUGCGAACGCAGUUUUCCUUCACCUCCUUUAUGGCGUACAUUACGAGAAUCUUGUCUACGAUGGCGUCACAGAUUAGCUUUAGUAGAACAGUGGAAUCGCGUGUGUCUUGCUCUUACAGCGCGAUUGCUACAAAUCAUGUACGGACCAAUGUUUCCCGAAUUAAAAAUAAGCGAGGAAGAUACGCAAUUAGUUCCGCCUACUAUGUCGGAUGAAGCAGUGGCUCAAGCAUGGUAUAGAUUGCUGCGUACUAUCGGCGAUCCCGUAGAUCUAUGUAGACCCGCCGUUGUCUCGCAGACACAAGCGUUCCUGCAAUAUGCCAUCGCCAGUCCGAACGUCAUAGAUCCGUGCCAACAUCCGUGCUUGCAAAGUUUGCCGCAAAUAUUUUUAAAAGCCAUAAAAGGCAUAGCAGGUCAAGUCGAUGCUUUCCUCGGAGUUUCACAGGCAUGCUGCUGGGAAGAAUGUUGCGCGUCGACGAUUACAUCGGGGAAUAGCGGCGCCGGCAGCGGGGGUGUCGGAUGGGACAGGACGAGUGGCAAGGAUCAGCCACAGCCUUCCCCCACACCCCCAACUCAGCGAAGACUUGCCAAAAGUUUCAGUGUCACUCCUUCUGCAGUCACUAAGGGAAUCCCAAAAGCGUCGUUAAUCGGAUUAACUACAAGCCGUGUGUCUAGUACGCCGCCAAUGCUAAUAUCCAAUUCUGGACCAUCGUCUGCUUCGAGUACUGCAUCUAUGACAUCACUCGGUCAGGACAUCAGACCUCCUUUAGCUCCAGGACGUCCCAAGUGCAAUAGUAUAUUACAUCUUUUUGGCGAAUGGCUAUUCGAGGCGGCGUUUAUCGGUACCGACGGCUGGUCUCAAAGUUUACCACAACCUUCGGGUGCUUCAAAACGUCCAUCUUCGGUGCUCGUGGACGGGCCGAGUUCAUUACAGGAAACUGUUAGCGAUGUACCAGCGACUCUCUGUAUAGAUCGUUACGAGUCCGGAAGAGCCGAGGCUUUGGGCGCUCUGUGUAGAAUUUUUUGCGCCAAGAAAACUGGCGAGGAGAUCUUACCUGUGUAUCUGGCUAGAUUUUACCAGGCGAUGUAUCACGGUCUUAAAGUUGACGAGUCUCGUGAAUGUGGCGAAACACUAGCAAGCAUUCUGUUAAAUUCAGCUGACUUAUUUCGUCUCGAUCUGAACGGUAUACAAGUUUUGGUGCCGGCUGUAUUAUCCGCCCUGGAAGUGGUUCUACCGGAGAAAGACUUGAAGCUGAAAUCUAAUGUAGUAUCGAAGCCGGACUUGAGAAGGGCUUCGAUACAUCUAUUAAUAUCGAUGUUAACAUUGCCCCUGCAUUUUCAGAAUCUUGUCAUUAAAGAACUCCCGACAUUUCCCGGCACAAAUUCUUCCGAGAAAAUUCCUGCAACGUUUGUACAAUUAAAAUCGCGACUCAUGAAUCUGCUCAUAAACGCUUUGCAAGUGGAAACUGAUCCACAGAACACGCACAUGUUACUGGGGGCUCUUUUAUUAAGUGUACAAGAUUCUGCGGCAGCGGAAGAAGUCGAGCAGGUCACACAACCAGACGCAGUAGCUAAUGAUUCAACGACUAACUUGCUAUCUUCAGUCACCAGCGAUUCAGCCAGUCAAAUAAGUAUAUCCAGUGAUCAGCGAUCAAUUGGCGAUGCCUCUGAUAUUGCAACUCUUCAAGAGGAAUGUAUUGCAUUCGACUCCGCCCAUGCUCUUUUCGUACGAGCGACGUACUUGGUUUGUCAUCGCUUGAUCUCAUCAUGGAAGACUGACUUGAACAUUUCUCUGGCGGCUCUUGAGAUGCUGUCAGGAUUAGCACGCACACGCAUUCGCGAAACAGCGAGGAAACUCACAGAUGCUCUGGAAUGUAAGAGAGCGGUAAAAUGGUUGUGCGACUACAUUGCAUACCAAUGCUGGCGUCCACCUCCAGCACAUUCGAAGGAUCUCCAUUCUUCUAUCGUUGCAGCGUUCAAUUGUUUAACAACUUGGUUAACUGCUCAUCCGCAGUUGCUACAGGAUAAGGACUGUUUGACUACGGUAUUGGAAGUUGUCGAGCUUGGAGUAUCGGGCACUAAGAGUGUCGGGAAACCGGGAGAACCCAUUAAAAUGAAGGACGAGAAGGAAUUAAAACCUGCAUCUAUGCGUGUAAGAGACGCUGCUGAUGCGCUUCUUACUAUUCUGUUGGAACAGGUUGGCUAUUUUCCGAGCGCCUGCGGAGCGCAAUCGCUCUCAUCACUAUUGGACGAAGUAUCACUGCUUCGACACUGUAACAGUUGGACCGGCGGACGCGUGGCGCGACAAGCAGCUGUCGAAAGAUUUCGUUACUUCGUCUCCGAGAACGCGAUUGUGUUAGCUCUGCUGGAGGAGCCUCUAGGAAAUGAUCAAGAUCCUCAACCGACCGUGACCGUCUUGAUCCGCGGACCGUUCGGUAGACACGCGUGGACGAUGCAACUCCGUCAUUUACCACGUCAUCGAUCCAGCAUUAGGAGUAUAAACAACAACCCCGGACGACCCUUGCCGCUAGCUGAAGCUGCACCGCGAACGGACUAUAAGCCAAGAUUUUUCCCGGAUAACGUGGAUCGCAUCCCUCACUGUAAAGUGGAUGAAUCGAUACCAAGUCUCGAGGCAGUUAUGAGCGAUAACGAAGCGGUGCGAGACGAACAUCAAAUCCUGGCGCAGCUCUUAGAGCGUCAAAUAACACUCGAGUCGAAAUACGAUAAUGGUAAUGUGAAGUAUACAGAAGACAAAACCGACGAAUGUGUACCGCCCCAAGUUUGUCACGAAUUUCAAACGGCUCGUUUAUUCCUGAGCCAUUUCGGCUUCUUAAAUAUGGAACCUAAGGAGAACGAAGAAUCUAGAAACAGCGGGCUCAUCGCUCUAGAUCCGACUAUUCCCGGUUUCUGUAUGGAUUUAGAAACACUGGACGGUAUCAGUCCACGAACAUGCGAUACCGUUCAUAUUUUUUACGUAAAAGCAGGUCAAAAAACUGCCUCCGAAAUAUUAUCAAACGUGUUGCACGAAGAAAAUGUAUCACCAAACUUCUUGGAAUUCUUAAGCUCUCUCGGUUGGCCCGUUUCUGUAUCCGUUCAUGCGGGCUGGACGGGUCAUGUGUCCACUUCCUGGAGAGCAACGGCGCAAGUGAACGUACCACAACCAGCUCACAGUAAUCACGGCGGUGCGCUCUACAACGGUGAUACUCAUGUAAUGUAUUGGGCGGACGUGAGUUCGGAAAUUGCAUUUGUUGUGCCUACGCAAUCGUAUCUCAUAGCCAGCUCAGAUUCGCUGGAGGAGAGCAGUUAUAACAGCGAUAUCAGCAGUACAAGUGGACAAGCAUGGUUUGAGCGAAGUAUCAGUGAAAGCACGGAUACUCGGAACUGCAGCACAACACAAAACACAGCGCAGACUUCUAGAACGAUGUCACUCGAUUUGGAGAAGCAGCCAUCAAGUUUGUCGAAUGCGGGUCCAACUAAUUCCUCGAGUGCAGAUCCCAUCAGACCCAGACGAUCGACAAAACAAGCUCUACCAUCGCAAACCAAUACAAAAAUCAUGGUUGUGUGGUUGGAGAGUCUAGAAGAUCAUAUUCAGUUCCCAAUUGGCGACCUGCUUCCUUCCACUUAUACCGGGCUGGAACAAUCGAAGAUGCUGCAAGUUACUGAUGUACAAGUUAUCUUUCUUCAAGCCCUUGCUAACGGAUUGAUGAGGGUCAGAUUACAGGGACCGGUGUCUAGAAUCAAUUUAGCAACACCUUUAAUCGACGGUAUGGUAGUGUCAAGAAGAGUCCUGGGGACUCUGGUUAGGCAAACGGCUCUUAAUAUGGGACGUAGAAAAAGGCUCGACAAUGACAGUUAUCAUCCACCGCACGUACGAAGACGUUUAAAAAUCCAAGAGAUGGUACAAAAAUAUAAAAGAAAUUUAACAGAUCCAGAAUUAUUAACACUUUUGUUCAGCAGCACUCAAACUUAUUAAAUGUAAUAGAACUUUAUAAAAGUCUCAUACGAAUUUCAGUUCGGGACAGUCGAACCUAAUCUUUGUUGCAAAAAUUAAUUCUUCAAGAAUUCAGAACAAAUCGUUCUUAUAUUUCUGUAUUAUUUACACAAAUCAUUCUAAAUGCAAAAUUAUUAUCUAGCAAAAGAUAAUGUUUAUUAUAGAAAAAUGUAAAUUAACUUUUCGUUCGCUACUCUUUUCACUUUUAUUACAAAUUUUUAAUUAAAUAAAACAUUAACUUUACAUUAUCAGAAAAGUUUACAUUAUCAAUAAUCGCUUCUCCGUCUUACUGAAAUGCUUUAAAUAAAAUGGAGAAAAGUUUACAUUUUCUAUUCUAUCGUUUUUAGCAAUCUUUGUAUCAACUUCAUCUCUCAUUAUCAUCAUUAUACAAAACACAGAGGUACAAAUUAGAAUCCUUUCAACAAUUGAAGAAUUUUAAUCAAAGGUUUUUCGUUGACUUCUGUAUAUAUUACUUUUUUAGAAUAUAUUUCAAAUUAUAUUUAGCUAACAACCUAUAAUUUAGGCGUCACUAAAAAAAAAGUGACAAAACUGAAUCAAUUUUCUAGAAAAAUAUAUUUAUUAUAAUUUUUAAUAUGCGCAUUAAAUUUUGUAUUUUAAAUAUUAUUUUGUUACUUGUAAAAUUAGUAUUGUAGAUAGCACUGUAAAA